AUGUGGACUGAUAGACAAUUGCAAGUUUUAAUUAAUAAAAGAAAAAAUGAAAAUGAUAAUUUUCACGAACUUAGUGGUAAUAUGAAGCAUAACUUUUGGAAAGGGCUAGCAAGCAAAAUAAACCUUGAAUUCAGAACUACGUAUACGGGGAGGCAAUGUAAAGAAAAAUUUAACGGCUUAGUGCGAGCUUAUAAAAAAAUGCUUGAUGGUCAGCCAAAGGGAAAGAGAAGUGCUCUAGGAGCGAAGUACUAUGAGGAAUUUAGUCAACAAACAAUUUAUGAUAUUGCUCAUGAAAUCAACACAAUGAGCCAUACAACAACUCAGUCAUCAUCACCACUACAUUCACCAAUAUACUCACCUAUAUCACCUCUCUGUUCACACUCAUUAUCAUCACCUACACCUUUCCGUCACUCAUCACCUACACCUUACCGUUUAUGA